CAGUGUGUGUGUGCUGAACGGAAAAGGGAAAAGGCGAGAGAAGGGAAAGGGAAAAGGAAGAGUGGUCAGCAGGGCUGAGGGGAAGAGAGGAGGGGGGUGCAUGUGUGACUCAAAGGGUGUGUGCUGAUUAUUCAGUGUGACACUGACUUAACACAGAGCUGCCAUGGAGCCUUCUAGGCUGAUCUACUCCACACUUCUGACAGUUUACUGCUAUAAUUGUCCGUGGCUUUAAAUGUCCUCUGCCAUGGCAAAGCGUGAGGCUGGGAGCACCAGCCCUGUGGUGCGUCAGAUAGACAAGCAGUUUCUGGUCUGCAGCAUCUGUCUGGACCACUACUGCAACCCCAAGGUCCUGCCCUGUCUGCACACCUUCUGUGAAAGUUGCCUCCAGAACUACAUUCCCCCAGAGUCUCUGACACUCUCGUGCCCAGUGUGUCGGCAGACGUCCAUCCUGCCAGAGAAAGGAGUUUGUGCCCUGCAGAACAACUUCUUUAUCACUAAUCUCAUGGAGGUCCUUCAACGAGACCCAGAGUGCUCUCGUCCAGAGGCCUGCAGUGUCCUGGAGUCAGUCAGCGCUGCAGCUGCAGGGAAGCCACUCUGCUGCCCAAACCACGAGGGGAAGGUGAUGGAGUUCUACUGCGAGUCGUGUGAGACAGCCAUGUGUCUGGACUGUACAGAGGGUGAGCACCGGGAGCAUGUGACUGUUCCUCUGCGGGAUGUCGUAGAACAGCACAAGGCUGUGCUGAAGACACAGCUGGAUGCCAUACACAGCAGGCUCCCUCAGCUAACAGCAGCCAUCGAGCUGGUGAGCGAGAUCUCUCGCCAGCUGAAUGAAAGGAAGACUGAGGCGGUAGCAGAGAUUACCAGUACGUUUGAAGAGCUGGAACGGGCGUUGCAUCAGCGCAAGACGGCCCUCAUUACAGAUCUGGAGAACAUCUGCAGCACUAAGCAGAGGGUCCUGCAGGCUCAGCUUUCAUCCCUCCUGCAGGGGAAGGAGCACAUCCAGAGCAGUUGCAGUUUCACAGAGCAGGCUCUCAGCCACGGGAGUGCUACUGAGGUGCUGCUGGUUCAGAAGCAGAUGAGCGAGCGGGUAACAGCGCUGGCCAGACACGACUUCCCAGAGAGACCACAUCAGAAUGCACACCUGGAAUGUCAGGUGGAGACCGAAGGUCUGCGACGCUCCAUCCAGAACCUGGGUGUUCUCCUCACCACGGCCGCUGUGGCUCACACCUCUGUUGCCACAGGAGAGGGCCUCCGCCACGCAGCUACUGGGCAGCACCACACAAUUACUGUGACAACAAAAGACAAAGAUGGGGAGUUGGUGCGGACAGGAAACGCUAUUUUAAAAGCAGAGAUAUCGUCUGCUGAUGGGAGCCGUGCUGCAGAGACAGAGAUAGUGGACAAUAAGAAUGGGACAUACGAGGUGGGCUACACAGUACGCUCUGAGGGAGAGUACUCUUUCGCUCUGUUGCUGUAUGGCCAGCCGAUACGUGGUAGCCCGUUCCGCCUGCGGGCGGUCAAACCCUCGGAUGUGCCACAAUCUCCAGAUGACGUGAAAAGGAGGGUGAAGUCUCCCAGUGGGACAGGGGGCCACAUACGACAGAAAGCAGUGCGACGGCCUUCCAGCAUGUACAGCACCACCAAGAAAAAGGAGAACCCCAUUGAGGAUGAGCUCAUCUACAGAGUGGGUACCCGGGGCAGAGAAAAAGGGGAGUUCACAAAUCUGCAGGGAAUCUCAGCCUCUAGUAACGGCAGAGUGGUGGUGGCUGACAGCAACAAUCAGUGCAUACAGGUAUUCUCCAAUGAUGGCCAGUUCAAGAUGCGCUUUGGGGUCAGAGGUCGGUCUCCGGGACAGCUGCAGAGACCGACAGGCGUUACUGUGGACAUGAAUGGUGACAUCGUGGUGGCAGACUAUGACAAUCGAUGGGUCAGCAUCUUCUCCUCUGAUGGCAAGUUUAAGAAUAAGAUUGGUGCAGGACGGCUCAUGGGUCCCAAGGGUGUGGCUGUGGAUAAGAAUGGACACAUCAUCACUGUUGACAACAAGGCCUGCUGUGUCUUCAUCUUUCAGUCCAAUGGGAAGUUGGUGACUAAGUUUGGAGGCAGGGGGACGUCUGACAGACAGUUUGCAGAAAAACUUGGCCCAAACUUAAAUAAAUCUGGCUCAGUUUUCAGUCCACACUUUGUUGCCGUGAACAACAAGAAUGAAAUUAUUGUGACAGAUUUUCACAAUCACUCUGUGAAGGUGUACAGUGCAGAUGGAGAGUUCUUGUUCAAAUUUGGCUCUCAUGGUGAAGGCAAUGGCCAGUUCAAUGCUCCUACUGGUGUGGCUGUAGAUGCCAACGGAAACAUCAUUGUCGCUGACUGGGGUAACAGCAGAAUACAGGUGUUUGACAGCACAGGCUCCUUCUUAUCUUACAUUAACACAUCAGCAGACCCGCUGUACGGCCCCCAGGGCCUCGCCCUCACCUCAGAUGGACAUGUGGCUGUUGCCGACUCCGGCAACCACUGCUUUAAAGUUUACAGAUAUCUGCAGUAGGCUGAGGGAAGACAUUCGCCAACACAACUCCUGCUUAGACUUCACAUACUGCUUGUGGACAUAGAGCUGCAAUGUGCCUGCACACUUUUCAGUGGCUCCAAGUUCUACAUGUUCAUUUCCUUUUAAUUUUGUCUGUACAUACUUUAGAAGAUCUAUACAGAAUCACAAUCAGGUUUUAACAUACAAGGAAUUUGCCUUAGUAUAUUGGUGCAUAAUAAUAAACAAAGCAUGAGAAAAAUAAAAAUAAAGAUGAAAGCAAGUACUGAAAGUCAAGAAGCAUAAAUAGAAAAAAAAGGAAACUGACAGUAACAUAUGAUAAAAUAUUGUAAGGACAACAAAAGAGAAUAUAAUAAUAAUAAAACAACCCAAACACAAAAAACCAAGUGUAAUUCAAAUGUUUUUUAGGACAAUAUGAGCUAGUUAUUCCAAAAAAUAUUGAAAUUAUUGGAAGAAGUAACAUGAAUUCCCAAUCUGAGAGAAAAUAAAUCCUAUCCCAAGACUAUCCUGAUGAAAUAAUGUUUAAAAUAGUGACUAAGGAAUAAACAAAUUUUGUAAUUAGCUCAUUUCCUAUCUGAUAACCCACGGUCUUUCUUCUUUAAACUUUCAAAACAAAUCAAAAGGUGUUUCAGCUCUAUGUCUCACUAGUAGGACCUUACUAGAUAGCCUGCCAGUUACAAAGUUGGUGAUACACUGCAAUUUAUUUGGGAAAUUCAAAUGGCAGCAACCAGCAAACAAAGCGAGAUAGAAGGGGAAGCCUACUACCUGGUGAUGCUUUGUGAUUGAACAAUGCUCAGGCCUUUCCUUGAACACUGUUGCAUGUCACUGCACUCCAAAAAAAAAUCGACCCUGUCGUCACUGCCUUCAGUUUCUCACCGGUGAACACAACAGAACACAUGCAGGAAUGUGUUAUUCUCAUUCUGCACCUUAGCAGUCUGACAAGAUCCCUGCACAUGGAUACAGGGGUUGUUUUUUUUUUCUUUUCAUCCCUUAGAUAAGAGUGAUAUGCAAGUUUUUUUUUGUUUUGGUACCCAAAGACAAGCAUCAAGAAGCACAACAGUUAAUCCCACAACAAGGUUUCCGAACACAUACGAAUCAGCUCUUCAACAUUAAGUUCACUCCCUUCUAGCUAAUCUUUCUCUUCUAUUAACCAAAACAAACUUCAUAUAUCUAACCCCACUAGUUCUUGCACUUUCGUGUAUUCAUAUCUACAACCUAAUGUAGUUGUACAUAUGCAUAUUUAGGUGUAUAUAUGGAUUUGAUGUCCAUGUUAUUUCACUAUAUAGCCUACGUAUUCCGACACUUAAUGAAUCGAGGAUUUCAACACUGGACCAUAAUGCUCACACAGUAGAACGUAAUGCCAAGUAGUAGCCAACUGAAUGACUUGCAAGCAUCAAUGGAACUAAGUUGUAUACACAUUAUUUGCUGUGUUUUAUUUUUUCAAAGGACUUAAUUUAUUUUUUAUUUUAUUUUCUACAUGAUUUGUUCUACAAAUUAUUUUUCUAAUUGGUGCAUUUGAACUGUCUCCUCUUUGCCAAACAUCGUUGUACAUAGGCCUUGUAACUUGUAGCACUGAAAGCCGCUCUCCCUCUCUCUCUCGCCUCUUCCCAGAGCUCACAUCCAGUUAAACAGUAACUUUUCCUUCUGCCAAAACAUAUUGUUGUAAGUUGUUGUUGAACAUUGCACAAAAUACAAAUAUUAUAAGAGUAAUAUAGUUUGCAAGAGUAAUAUAUGCCUCUGUGUAUAGUUAUCAUUUAACAUAAUCAUAAAGUAUACUGUAUAUUACAAUCAUAUUCUUGUUGUAGCUGACAAGCACCUUUUAUCAUGGAUUUUUGUAUUCAUUUGCUUGGUAGUUCAGUGUUUUGAAGGUUUAAUGUGUGGAGGAACACAACACCAGCUAACACGCAGUGACAGAGAACAUUUUUCAUCUGCAUUAUGAAUAAACUGUCUGUCCCCGAUAAUUAAUGUGUAAUUCAUUCUGUCCUUCCAUCGGCAUUUCCAGUUUAUUGGAAAGCUCUCUGUAAUGACCGAUUUAGUUGACUUGCCUCCUCCAUCAAUUGGACCCCAUGUGUUACUAUGUUUUAUUUUGUUUUUUAUGUUUGUCUGUCACUGUAACUGACCUAACUCAUGUCUGUGUGAAAUAAAGGAAGCACAUAAAUGAAAGACUGUCAACCAUCUCGUGUAGCCCACUGUAUACUAGAAGAGGCCAGUCUUACAAGAAGUACCACACACACGCCACACAUUUAUGUAAUCAAGGCAAAUAUAUGAUUGUAAAUAUUAAAGAAUGACACUAUGAACUGUU